AUGGGUAUUUUAGGUUUAACAAAGUUAAUUGCAGAUAUUGCACCUCACGCUGUAAAAGAAAUGGAAAUUAAAAACUACUUUGGACGUAAAAUUGCAAUUGACGCGUAUAUGAGCUUAUACCAGUUUUUAAUAGCUGUUAGAAGUGAAGGCAGUCAACUAGUGUCUGUAGAUGGAGAGACCACCUCCCACCUCAUGGGCACUUUUUACCGCACCAUCAGAUUGGUGGAGAAUGGUAUUAAGCCUGUUUAUGUAUUUGAUGGUAAACCUCCAGAGAUGAAGUCGCACCAGUUAGAAAAGAGGGCCGAGAGAAGGGAGGAGGCUGAGAAAGAGUUGCAGAAGGCUACAGAAGCUGGUGACCAAGAAUCUAUAGAGAAAUUCAACCGACGUCUUGUGAAAGUGACUAAGCAACAUAAUGAGGAGGCUCGUGAGUUGUUGAAGCUGAUGGGUAUACCUGUAGUGCAAGCACCCUGCGAAGCUGAGGCUCAAUGUGCAGCACUGGUGAAAGCUGGCAAAGUAUUCGCUACGGCUACUGAGGACAUGGACGCCCUCACGUUCGGCACAACUGUGCUGUUACGUCAUUUAACCUUCUCUGAAGCUCGCAAGAUGCCCGUGAAGGAGUUACACUUGGACCAAGUACUGCAAGGACUGGAAAUGAACCAAGCUGAGUUUAUAGAUCUAUGCAUACUCCUUGGCUGUGACUACUGCGGUUCAAUCCGUGGUAUCGGACCGAAGCGAGCUAUAGACCUGAUCCGACAACAUCGCACCUUAGAAGAAGUCCUGCGCAACAUUGACACAGCAAAACAUCCCCCACCAGACAAUUGGGACUACAAACGAGCGAGAGAAUUGUUCCUAGAACCUGAGGUCACCGAUCCUAAAGAAAUUGAGUUAAAAUGGUCAGAUCCAGACGAGGAAGGGCUGGUAAAGUUCCUGUGUGGUGACAAGCAGUUCAACGAGGAGCGCGUGCGCAACGGAGCCAAGAAACUGAUCAAGGCGCGCUCCGGGACCACCCAGGGACGACUUGACGGAUUCUUCACCAUAUCAACAACACCAAACCCUAAGCGGAAAGCAGAAGAAGAUAAAAAGAAUGCGGCUAAGAAAAAGAGCAAACCGAGUGGAGGUGGUGGUCGGGGGCGAAAACCGAAAUAA